UCACAAUUACAGUUCUUGAAUGUGUUUAUUACCGAACGAUUAACAGCGGUAGCUAUGGAGAUAUCCGUUGUACUUGAACAAAAUAUAGGCGAGUACCUGGAAGAAAUCUCCCGUUCAAAUGAGGAGAACAAACGUUUACAGAGCCUGUUGGAUUUGGUUUUCAACUCCGAAAUCAAGUUACACCGCGAAGAUUCCCAGCAGCUCUCUCUUCCUGUCUCUGAAGAGGACCUUCCACAUGAGCAGCAGCAGCACUGUGAGCAGGAGAGGAGCCCCAGUCAGGGGCAGGAGGACCCAGAGCCCACACAGAUUAAAGAGGAAGAGGAGGAAGUCAGGACCAGUCAAGAGGAAGACCAGCCUCAAGGGCUGGAACCUGAUACCAAAGACCUCUUAAUCCCUGCCUGUGUGAAAAGUGACUAUGAACAGGACCCACCUCUGCCCUCACAUCUUGACCAAACCUUGGAGAACAGAGAGAGGGACUCUCUACCCACCAACACAACUGAACAGAUCAAAACAGAACCUGAUGGAGAGGAUUACAGCAUAUCAGAACCAACCAGUGACUCUCAGCUCCUCUCUGAAGCCCAGGGAGGAAACAUAGAAGAAUGUGUUGAUGGGAUGGAGAGACCCAUUCCCCCUCCCUUCUCUCCAGACUCCCAGCAGCCCUCUCUCCCUGUCUCUAAAGAGGAGGUUCCCCCAGAGCAGCAGGAGAGAAGCCCCAGGCUGGGUCUGGAGGAACCAGAGCCCACAAAACAAGAGGAACUCUGGACGAAUCAGGGGGAACAGCAGCUGGAAUCUGACAGCAGAGUAUCAGAACCAACCAGUGACUCUCAGCUCCUCUCUGCAGUAAAUCCAGACUGUUCUGCAGCUCAGAGUGAAAACAGAGUAUCAGAACCAACCAGUGACUCUCAGCUCCUCUCUGCAGUAAAUCCAGACUGUUCUGCAGCUCAGAGUGAAAACAGAGUAUCAGAACCAACCAGUGACUCUCAGCUCCUCUCUGCAGUAAAUCCAGACUGUUCUGCAGCUCUGAGUGAAAACAGAGUAUCAGAACCAACCAGUGACUCUCAGCUCCUCUCUGCAGUAAAUCCAGACUGUUCUGCAGCUCAGAGUGAAAACAGAGUAUCAGAACCAACCAGUGACUCUCAGCUCCUCUCUGCAGUAAAUCCAGACUGUUCUGCAGCUCUGGGUGAAAACAGAGUAUGUGUUGAUGGGGCAGUGGAGAUGCUUAUUCUUAUUCUCCUCCCUCCAGACUCCCAGCAGCUCCCUCUCCCUGUCUCUGAAGAGGAGGUUCCCCCUGAACAGCAGCACUGUGAGCAAGAGAGGAGCCCCAGUCAGGGGCAGGAGGACCCAGAGCCCACACAGAUUAAAGAGGAACAGGAGGAACUCGGGACCAGUCAAGAGGAAGACCAGCCUCAAGGUCUGGAGUCUGAAAUCAGAGUAUUAGAACCAACCAGCCUCUGCAGAGUUUUAGAACCAACUAGUCUUUGCAAAGAAUUAGAAUCAACGUCUGCAGUAAAUCCAGACUGUUCUGCAGCUAAGAGUGAAAAGAUAGAAGAAUAUGUUGGUGGGUUGGAGAGACCCAUUCUACCUUCCAACCCUCCAGAACUCCCUGUCUUUGAAGAGGAGGUUCCCCCUGAGCAGCAAGAGAGGAGCCCCAGUCUGCAGCAGGAGGACCCAGAGCCCACAAAGGUUAAAGACAAACGGGAGGAAUUCAGGACCAGGCAGGAGGAAGAGCAGCUUUACAUUGGGCUAUCAGAAUCAACAAGCCUUUGUAGAGUAUCAGACCCAACUCUCUCUGCAGCAAAUCCAGACUGUUCUGAAGCCCAGGGAGGAAACAUAGAAGAACGUGUUGAUGGGAUGGAGAGACCCAUUCCCCCUCCCUUCUCUCCAGACUCCCAGCAGCCCUCUCUCCCUGUCUCUAAAGAGGAGGUUCCCCCAGAGCAGCAGGAGAGAAGCCCCAGGCUGGGUCUGGAGGAACCAGAGCCCACAAAACAAGAGGAACUCUGGACGAAUCAGGAGGAACAGCAGCUGGAAUCUGACAGCAGAGUAUCAGAACCAACCAGUGACUCUCAGCUCCUCUCUGCAGUAAAUCCAGACUGUUCUGCAGCUCAGAGUGAAAACAGAGUAUCAGAACCAACCAGUGACUCUCAGCUCCUCUCUGCAGUAAAUCCAGACUGUUCUGCAGCUCAGAGUGAAAACAGAGUAUCAGAACCAACCAGUGACUCUCAGCUCCUCUCUGCAGUAAAUCCAGACUGUUCUGCAGCUCAGAGUGAAAACAGAGUAUCAGAACCAACCAGUGACUCUCAGCUCCUCUCUGCAGUAAAUCCAGACUGUUCUGCAGCUCAGAGUGAAAACAGAGUAUCAGAACCAACCAGUGACUCUCAGCUCCUCUCUGCAGUAAAUCCAGACUGUUCUGCAGCUCAGAGUGAAAACAGAGUAUCAGAACCAACCAGUGACUCUCAGCUCCUCUCUGCAGUAAAUCCAGACUGUUCUGCAGCUCAGAGUGAAAACAGAGUAUCAGAACCAACCAGUGACUCUCAGCUCCUCUCUGCAGUAAAUCCAGACUGUUCUGCAGCUCAGAGUGAAAACAGAGUAUCAGAACCAACCAGUGACUCUCAGCUCCUCUCUGCAGUAAAUCCAGACUGUUCUGCAUCUCAGAGUGAAAACGGUAAAGUUCAUCAGAGUCCCAGCACUUCUUCAGAACAAGAUUCUAGUAACGUGGAAUCAAAUGAAGCAUCUAGUUUCUCCACCUGGAGUGAGGACAACAUCUCCGUAACAGACAGAAACUCUUCAGACAGUAGCUCCUGCACUAAAGAAGACUCUGAGGCACGUAAACCAGUGAAGAGAACAUGCCAUUCUAGUGGUGUGGUGAACGAACCAUCUGAUUUGUCCAACUUAUGUGAUGAAAACAACCCGGGGACUGAGAUCAGUCCUUCAGACGGAAACAAAGACAUGAACAUCCAAACAGACUCUGGGGCUCAUUAUCCAGCUAAGAGGAUCUGUCAGAGGGGGCAGAUGACUUCACCAGAGGUUGUGUGCAGUAGGGUGACUACCCCAUCAGCAGCUCCAAGCUCCACACACGUCAUACCGAUGUCUGUAACCGACAGUAGAAGGUCUAAGAAACGGUGUUGUCGGUACUGUGGAAAGGCUUAUGUUAAAAUCGCGAGACACCUGCGGAUUGUGCAUCGGGAUGAAGUGGAUGAGGUCAAGGCCUUCAGCUUCAGAAAGAAGUCCAGAGAGAGAAAAGUCUUAAGUCUUCUGAAUAAAAAGGGAGGCUUUGUGCGUAAUGCUGCCGUAGCAAGACGUGGGAGUGGAGAGAUGGCCUCCUGUUCCCGUCCCAAAGUGCCAGGAUCCACUCGACGUUACACCCACUGCUUGCACUGUCAAGGUCUGUACAUUCGAAAGUCACUACGGAAGCAUAUCAGAUACUGCCCUCUGAACCCCAAAGCUGAAAAACCAAAACCUGGACCAAAGAUGAGGAUUCAGUCAGCAAUGGCGUUUAAGAUGUGUCCUCAACCCGACUACGUCAGCACAGGUCUUUGGAAGAUCGUUUGUGGUAUGAAGUCCGGCCGAGUUUCAUUUGUGGUUAGAAAUGACAAAUGUAUCCUCCUCAUGGGAGAGGAGCUGUACAACAAACUACAACCAGAUGACAGAAGAAACAGAUACAUUCAACAAAGAAUGAGAGAGGUGGCAAGACUCCUCAUCACGGCCAGGACGUGUACCCCUCUGAUGUGCUUUGAGGACUUGGUCAUACCUAGUAAUUUACCUCACGUCAUCACGGCAGUGAGAGCUGUUGCUGGCUACAACGAGGAGAACAAAACGUACGACCGUCCGACGCUGGCUGUUCAAAUGGGAUACAACUUAAUGAACAUUGGCAGAGCUGUGGAAUCCUGUGCAUUGACGUCAGGACGACACAAAGUCGCGGAGUCUGCUGGCAAAUUCAAAAGUUUCAAGUGGAAUGAGGUUGUUUUGGCUGGAGCACUGUCCACUCUCAGUGAACCCCAAAAUAAAUGUCCACAGCCGACCCCUGUCACACAGGCGCCUGGCCAGCCGACCUGUUGCACACGCACCCAGCCGACCCCUAUCACACAGGCGCCUGGCCAGCCGACCUGUUGCACAGGCACCCAGCCGACCCCUAUCACACAGGCGCCUGGCCAGCCGACCUGUUGCACAGGCACCCAGCCGACCCCUAUCACACAGGCGCCUGGCCAGCCGACUUGUUGCACACGCACCCAGCCGACCCCUGUCACACAGGCGCCUGGCCAGCCGACCUGUUGCACAGGCACCCAGCCGACCCCUAUCACACAGGCGCCUGGCCAGCCGACCUGUUGCACAGGCACCCAGGCGACCCAUCGCACAGGCACCCAGGCGACCCGUCGCACAGGCACCCAGCCGACCCGUCGCACAGGCACCCAGCCGACCCGUCGCACAGGCACCCAGCCGACCCGUCGCACAGGCACCCAGCCGACCCGUCGCACAGGCACCCAGCCGACCCGUCGCACAGGCACCCAGGCGACCCGUAGCACAGGCACCCAGGCGACCCGUAGCACAGGCACCCAGGCGACCCGUAGCACAGGCACCCAGGCGACCCGUAGCACAGGCACCCAGGCGACCCGUCGCACAGGCACCCAGCCGACCCGUCGCACAGGCACCCAGCCAACCCAAAGAAACCCUGUGAGAUUAAAGAGGAUCGUUGAUGAGGGAGCAGCAGUAGAGAAACACAUAAUGCCGUUCAUAAAGAGUGGCCAAGUUCCUGGAAAGAGGGACUGCCUCAAAUGCCUCCAGUCAGAACCUGUGGCGCUCAAAAGCAGAAACUGGUCGGGCAUUAAGUUCUAUGUAAAUAGAGUCAAACAGAGACAGAGUGCUGCAGGGAAUUCAGAGGGCAGCACCCCUGACCUGGACUCAAACUCAGGUCCAGAGACUGGCAACCCAACACCUUAGCCAAACAAAAUGUUAUUGUUCUUUGACUCAAUAAUUGGUGCAUUCUGGGUGUGCUAUAAAGUUCAGAAGUUAUGGGCAGAGUUAGAAAUCUGACUGUCAAGAGGUUUUACAAUGUAAGUUUACUUUGAAUCCGUCUAUAUGCAUAUUUCAAGACAUGGCAUAUUAGAUAACGUUAGAUAACCAAUGGGUUGGACAAUAUUAUUUUACUUAAAUACUGGAAGUCAAAUUAUACUCCAACAUUAAGAAAAUGGAAGAAUCAAACAUUUUAUUAUUUAAAAAUAUUGAAUACAAUCUUUCUACAGACAGAAACACGACGAUUUGAAGUCGUGGGAAAAUGGCCCCUUUUUUUAACUUGUUUUUCAACCCCUGAGAAACACCGUUACUGAAGCGUCCCUGGAGCAGUUUAGUGGAUCUGUGCCUUGCUCAAGGGCACAACAGCAGGAGGCGGCGUCUAGGAUACCCGGAAGCCUACCAGAAUUGUUCCGUUCAGACUUGGGAUUCAAACCAGUGACUUUCCAGUUGCAGGUCUGCCUCUCAGGACAUGAUCAAUUAAAUGUUACCUGGCUAAAACCAUUUACUACAACUACUACAUUAC